CCACUCCUGGUUUUACCGGCGUCUGUCAGCUCCGAAGCGGCGGAGUCUCAUGAGUUCACACCGUCGGUCCUCAGCGGUUAUUUCACGGAGGUUUUUCUGACCUAACUGGUGCUGAAAAUGUUGUGUUUGGGCGGCUUGUCGGUGGCUCUGGCCCUCGCUCUGGUGCCGGGACCCGUCCAAGGCCUGAAAGAAGGAGAAUGUGAAGUGUGCGUCACCUUCCUGGGAAAGUUCUACGAGUCGGUGAAGGAAUCCAACUCGAACAGCGCAGAUAUUGAGAAGGCGCUGCUGAAGAGCUGCAAAGAUACCAAAGGAAAAGAGAACAGAUUUUGUUACUACAUCGGAGCAACGAGUGAUGCAGCCACCAAGAUGAUAAACGAGGUGUCCAAACCCCUCAGCUACCACGUCCCAGUGGAGAAGAUCUGUGAGAAGCUCAAGAAGAAGGACAGUCAGAUCUGUGAGCUGCGAUACGACAAACAGCUGGACCUGACCACAGUGGACCUGAAGAAGCUCAAAGUCAAGGACCUGAAGAAGAUCCUGGAAGAGUGGGACGAGUCCUGCAAAGGCUGCGCCGAAAAGUCCGACUUCAUCCGCAAAAUAACCGAGCUCAUGCCGAAGUACGCACCUGCAGCCGCCAAGGCACGGACAGAUCUGUAAGGACACGGCGGCGGACUCUGCACAGACUGGAAAAAUCCUGUGAGGAGGAAGAACGGGAGUUUUGUCAUGUCUUAUUCUGGUGUGCACUCAUGUGCUAAACUGCACAGCAGGCUGAGGGUUUCUACUGUACUGUAAAAUAAAGCUGGCAGCAGGUGCAGCAUCCCUGCUCCUUCGUUCAAAUCAUUUCACAAUAAACAUCUAAAGCUGCGUCCCAAAAUGUCCCCAACCAGCAGAACGCCAGGCUGCUGUGGAGUAAUCAGUCAGCAAAACCAAAAUAAUAAACUUUUAGAGUUUAGGAUGGAGUCCAUUCAGCUAAGAAAUGGCCUUAAACAAAUGAUCCCGACAGAAGUGAGAUUUCUCCUGUUACCCAGCUGCUCAGCGGCUCCCUCUCUCGACGAUUUACAGCAUUGCAGCCCAAUUUGAAACCCCUUGGCUGCUCUGCUCCACACCUGAUUUAAAGAAAACUUUGUCUCUGCUUUUAUCAGGACGAGUUAGACUGUUUAACUCUGAUGUUUCUGUUCCUGUUUACGUAACGAGUCACAAUCCAGUCACUAUCUGUUUUCUUCCGUUUCAUCAGAGUUGCUCUCUUUUAAGAACGGUUCCUGGAUUAAAACCAGUAUCACUGCCAACGUCACUAAAUCCCAGAAUCUUUCUUUUGUUUUUAAAGGUCAAAACUAAAAUAAACGGACAGGAAGCAAUGAAAACAUAAAGUGAUGCUUGUAGUCCUAAUCCCAAACCGGCCCCUGAG